CCUACUGCAGAGCAGUUCUGACGAUGAACAGGUUGCAACCACGACCAAAGCCUCGCCGAAGUCUCAGCCCACACCGGAAUCCGACAGCAGUUCUGACUCAGAGCAGAAGGAACUUUGCAAGGAGCUAGUCAUUGAUGACUACGACGUGAUAGUCCUGAGAAGAUUCUUGGCUAGGAGCGCGGGUGGAGACGAGCUAAAGAGGUUCGACAAGGAUGAGGAAUACAAAACUCGAGUAUUCUACAAAUUGAACCCACUAGUGUGCCUCAAACGGUGCGGGCCUCUGGAAAAGCUAUUGACCCAACGCCUGACGUUAAAGGAGUUUGCAAGACACCUCGGUCUCAGGAGUGUUGCUGAUGUCACGCCAGAGAAAAGGUACCGCAUGAGACACAGCACUCGCCAAGCUCGCAACACCGCCAGCGUAACCAGUGACAGUGAGAAAGAGAAGCAAAAUGUCCAGCCGAAGAGGAGGCAGCUGUGGAACAGGGACAGAGAGAUAUUCAACAACUCCAUCGCAUCAUCCCGUACUAGCGAGCUGAAAGUCAAGCCGCAGAUACACAGACCAGCUCAAGACAGUUCUCACGACACCACUGACAGCGAUACAGAGGUGAAACAACACAUCCGGAGACAUCUCGAGAGACGGGCCAGUGCUAAACUUAACCCGAAGAAACAAACAAAUAAUAAAGAUGAUGAUUCAAUAGUUGUAGAAAGUGAUAGUGAUGAAAGUGAUCAAAAGAAAACUAGACGUAAAUCUAAGAAAGCUAAGGAUGACGAAGAAUCUGUGGUUGUUAGUGAUGAUAAAAGUGACAUUGAUGGCAAUCAAAGGAAAACUAGACGCAUGUCUAGAGCAAAAGAUAAAGAUUCUGUGUUAGUUAGUGAUGAUGAUAGUGACACUGAUAAUAAACAAAGAAAAUCUAGACGCUUGUCUAGCGCAAAAGAUAAAGAUUCUGUGUUAGUUAGUGAUGAUAAUAGUGAUAAUGAUGGUAAUCAAAGAAAAACUAGACGCGUGUCUAAAGGAGCAAGGGAUAAAGAAUCUGUUUUGGUUAAUGAUGAUAAUAGUAACACUAAUAAUAAACAAAGACCAUCUAGACGCAUGUCUAUAGCAGCAAAGGAUGAUGGUAAUAAAAGAAAAACUAGAGGUACAUCAAAAGAAGCAGAUGAUGGUAAUCAAAGAAAAACUAGACGCAUGUCUAAAGGAGGAAAAGAUAAAGAAUCUGUGUUAGUUAGUGAUGAUAAUAGUGACACUGAUAAUAAGCAAAGAAAAUCUAGACGCAUGUCUAUAGCAGCAAAGGAUGAUGGUAAUAAAAGACAAACUAGACGCAUGUCUAAAGGAGGAAACGAUAAAGAAUCUGUGUUAGUUAGUGAUGAUAAUAGUGACACUGAUAAUAAGCAAAGAAAAUCUAGACGCAUGUCUUUAGCAGCAAUGGAUGAUGGUAAUAAAAGACAAACUAGACGCAUGUCUAAAGGAGGAAAAGAUAAAGAAUCUGUGUUAGUUAGUGAUGAUAGUGACAGUGUAGAUAAAAAACAAAGACAAUCUAGAAGUCGAACUAGAGCAAAGAGUACUGCCGAUGAUGACUCUGUAGUCAUUACUGAUGAAAGUGAACAAAGUGAUAGUAACAAAAGUGAUACUACUAAUGAAAAUGGUGGAAAUACUAGAAGAACUAGAUCUCAAGGUCCUGAACAGAGAGAACUAAAAAAAAACAAUAAGUCUGUACUUAUUAGUGAUACAGAUAGUAAUGGCCAAGAAAAUCGUAGGAAUACUAGAAAAAAAUCUAAAUCUAUUGUAUUAAGUGAUAGUAAUACAGACGAAAACCAAGUCGAAAUUCGUACAAGAUCUAGAGAUCCAAGCAGAGACUUGAAAGAUAAAGAAAAUGAUAAAAAAGGCAAUGACACAGAAACCAGGAAAACAACUAGAUCAUCAAUGAAGAUUACGGAAGAUAAUGACAAGAAUUCGAAAACAGAUGGAGCUUCUAGUAAAAUAGAUAAUACAUCUAAUAAAAAAAAAGAACCAGGUCCUUCAAGAAAAGAUAUUAAAGGAAACCCAAAAAAACCGGAGGUAGAAGAUAAAAGUAAGUCACAAAUAAGCGAUAGUAGCGACGCAUUUGAGGCAUCUAAAUUAUCACCAAAGAAAAAGGACAAAAUUAAAAUAGGUAAGGAAUUAUCCAGAAAAAUAGCUACUUUGGCAAAACCAAGAAGUCUUAAAGGUAGAUUUAUGAAACAAACACAAAGUGAUAAUACAAAUAAUGAAAGAGAAAAGGCUGAAAAACAGAAUGAUAAUAAAGUUGAAAAAGCUGGUCAGAAAAGUAAAAAUAUAGGACAUGACAAAAAUAAUGAAAGUGACAAAGAUAAAGUGUUAAGAGACAGAAUAGAUAGAGAUAGAGAUGAAAAAGAGAGAAGUAAAGAUAGUGACCACAAAAAGACUGAAAAUAAGGGUAAAGAAAAUAAUAGGAAAGCAGCGGCUGCAAGAAGCAUGUUCGUCAAACCUGUGAAGUUUAAGAAGUCAUGCGUGGCGAACGGACGUGAAUACACGUCGUUGGAGGACCACGCGAUCGUAGCGUGGGUGUCCGUCGGGAACAGGGAGCGGCUGGUCAAUGGCAACGCGAUAUGGCGGGACCUUCAGAGCGAGUAUACGCGUCUCACCUCGCAAACUCGGUCGUGGCAUUCGCUGCGUAACCGCUACCUACGCUACAUUCUGCCUUCGUUGGGGCAGCUAGCUUUGCCUCCAUCACAAGUGUCGAGGCUUCGCGCCGCCGCUGCCGUUGGUAAUUUUAAAACGGCGUCGAAAAGAAAUUCGAUGUUCAAGAGCCAGCGCGUGAUUAGUGCCUCCACGGCCGGCCGGAUAAAGUUCCGGCCAGUGUCACAGUCCGAAUCGGAUUCCGAUGAGAAAGCGCCCACGCCACCAGCGUCGCCGCGCCGCCGCCCCCCUCCGUCCCCCACCAAACCCUCCCCUAAACCAUCCCCUAAGACCUCGCCCGCCUCGCCGCCCCGCGCGACUCGCUUGCGCGCUCGGCCUUCAAACGCGAGUGCGACGCCGACACCGAAGAAGAGGCGGAUUCAUCAGUUAUAAAUUUGAAGAUAUUUGAGCGGCCAAAGUGAUCAAAAAUAUCUGCGCUUCAGCCGCCCCGAUAAAUCUGUACUGUACUAUUUAUGUAUUUUAAAUGCCCUUAUGAAAUACCGUUAAACUUAUACAGGGUGAAAUAUAUUGAAACAGCCAAAUUUUUUUGCCAUUGCAGCAUUAGGCCUAUGAUAAAAGUUGUUCAUUAUGAGCUCAUAAGUCACUAGUCACUAUGCAAAGUUUGAACGGUUCUUUGAAUUUCACCGUGUGGGCAUUUUCAGAAUUUGGGUCCCCCAAUUUAUUAGCGUAA